UAGUAAAUAAAUAAACCAUAGUAAAUUAUCUACCAUUCUGUCCACAUUUCGAUAUGCGCAAAUUUGUGUCUGUGUGCAAAUACGCCGAUAUACAAUGAAAUACGUCGCUCUGAACUUUAUUACAUUAAAUAACAAUAUUUUAUCAAUGAUAGUCAUGAACGUUAAUAGCUCGGUAGUUAUGGACAUACUCAUACAUUAUCUGUGUAGUAUAUAAAGUUAAGACGCUGCCCUGUUCUCCAGUUUAGUUUGGCCGAUCUCAGCAUUCCGCGUUGACCCCUCCGCGCCGCGAUGCAGCCCCUUCCCCCAGUCGCCUUGUGCUGCAUCACCCUGCUCUCCCUGCAGCAGCAGCUGCUCGCCGGGCCAGCCGGAGUCCGCCUCCACACCUACAGGUUGAAUUCCGAGAAAAAGCAACAGGCCCUGGAGGAGGUUGAGGACAUGAAGGUGGGGCCAGUCUCCAGCCACCCCACGCCACCGCACACUCCCCUGGAAGCCAAGCGGUUGCUGUGGAGACGCCUUCUGUUCCAGAGCCCCCCGACCCAAGAGUCAGGCCACUCCCCAGCCCCGCCCCGAGUGAGGAGCCUCCGGGCGCCCAGUGGCACGCAGCGGCACAGGCGGCGGAGCAGGAGGGAGCGGCGGCAGAGCAAUAGCGCCCUCAGGGGCCACCAGCACGCCCAGCUGAUGCGUGUCGGCUGUGUCCUCGGUACCUGCCAGGUGCAGAACCUCAGUCACCGCCUCUACCAGCUGAUUGGCCAGAGUGGCCGGGAAAGCUCCUCCCCCAUAAACCCCAGGAGUCCUCACAGUUAUGGAUGAGCAGGAAAAACACACAGACCCCCCCCCCCACACACACAGACACACAGGCACACACACACAGACACACACAGGCACACACACACACACACACACACACACACAGGCACACAGACACACACACACACAGACACACACAAACACAGGCACACAGACACACACACACACAGGCACACAGACACACAGGCACACACACACACACACACGCACAGCAAACAAGUCACUACACAUUAAAUGUUUUUUUUUUGGCUCAUAUCUGUUUCACAGGAUUUAAUCACUUACUACAUUUUUAACCAUAAAAACAUUUGUUCACUUUUAAGACACAUAGUGAUUUUUUUUUCUUCCGGAAGAAUCAAGACACCAUCAGUACUGGCAGAUUUGUCCCAUGGGGCGUAUUUAGGGAUGCCUGGUAUGACUGAAAUUGUUAAGCCCACUGAUACCCUUUUAAUUGGCCUGUCAUCGAGAACCAUCUCUUGAUUUUGUGAUCAGGCACAGCAAAAGACAACUUGCCCUGGUCCUGAGUUCUGCCCAAAAGAGCCACUUGAAAGUCCUAAUCUUUUGCUGUGAGAGAGUCUGCUGGUGGGAUGGGCCACUCUUUGCCACCCCAGUGCCUGAUGGGUAUGUGACUCUUAAGUCCAUCUAACUGCACAACCACUGGCUGACGAGUCAAUCCCAGAGCUUCUAGCUUCUGCUUCAUUGAUCAAACAUACAAAGCCUUAUGGGGCAAUUAAAUCGGGCACUUGUUGGGAUUUGGGACUGUCAAUGCUUCCUGCCAAAGGACCCCUCCCUCCAGAUAUACACCACCUCAAACAGCUACCUGCCGCCCUAACUGCCAUCACCCCUGUACAUGUUGAUACUGCAGGAAACGUGGACAAACUGUGCAUGCGGCCAGGGGAACAUGUGUCACUUCAGGCACUGAAUGCCGGACGGCCAGGAAAGUCCAGCCAGCCGGCUCCUGCCCGGAACCUCCCGGAAUACACAGGCGAUUCAGAUGGCGGCCACCAGAGGACACAGGCCAUUGCCACCAUCAUAGGAGAAAAACAAACUGAAUCUGUGUUUAAUGGGAUUUACUUCUGCUGAGAAACAGAAAUGCUGUCCACCUCAUGCACCAUGUUUCCUGAAAUGAGCAACGCUGCACUCUCAGAAGCCGCAGACUGCCUUCAAGCCGCAGACUGCCUUCAAGAUGCAGACUGCCUUCAAGCCGCAGAAUGCCUUCAAGAUGCAGACUGCCUUCAAGCCGCAGACUGCCUUCAAGAUGCAGACUGCCUUCAAGCCGCAGACUGCCUUCUAGCCGCAGAAUGCCUUCAAGCCGCAGACUGCCUUCAAGGUGCAGACCACAGGGCUGCAGCACUCAGAUUCAGACAUUAGCCGUUGCUUUCAUGGCUGAACAGGUGUCAGUUGCGGGGAAAUUUCUGAAUAUUUCUUUGGGCUUGCCGUCCUCUGAGGCUAACUGACAAACUAGAUCAGUCAGAGCCAGGCACAUGCUAUAGAUUUAUCUUACCGAUUCCACAGACCUCCCCGAUUAUGAAGCAGGAGAGCCAGAGUGCCUCUGUAGGAUCUGUAAGACUCUUUGGAAAUGUUGUCCCAUUAGGCCAUAUAAAGACGAGUAUCUGGCAUGUGCGACCCUGUGAUGCACCUCACAGUGCUGUGCGACCGGAUGCACGGUACCUAUCAGCAGUCCACACACAUCUAAAGCGGAGCAGUGUGGUGAAGUGUCCAAGAAGACAGCAGUAGCCAAUGGGCACAAGCUACGGACAGUCUGCAGCCUUGCUGAGGAGGGCAGCAUUUCAGCGAGCCUAGAGCUCAUGCUGAGUGACAGCAGCAAAACAAACAGGCAGGUGACUAAUAUCCACACACCCAUCAAGCGCUACAGAGGCCGUAGAAAUAGCUUUUAAAGCCUCAUGUUUUUAUCGAGGGUGUUUUUGUCCGAAAACAGCGAAUGAUUCCCUUGGGCAGGUGCUGUACCACAAAGUGUUAGAACAUUGCUGACAUUCCUGCAGGAUGCAGGACUGAAAAACACUGCGGAUGGCCUUUGGUUUGAAGAAUCCUUAAUGUGCAACUACAUUUCUCCUUCUUGGCUUUGAUCUGGAUUUCCAGGCCAUGCAGAAACAACUGCAACUCUGCUAGAUCCAGAGAGCCCAGGAUUCCCUCUGUAAUGUAGCCCUAUAGGUUCAGGUUCCUGUUUAAACGCUUUUAUGGUGAAACUGGCAUAUUCACUUGUGAGGUCAUUUUGCCAGUAGUGGUCUAACACUCAUUUUUCUAACCUCGAUCUCUCUAACUCACAGGAAGUGUCACAAGUUACACAUUACAGCUGAAUCCUUCAGCAAACAUGACUGAUCUGUAAUGGAAAUCCAUUGGGUAGUAGUUGCUUAAUCAGCUCUGAUCUCAUUUGCUUCUUUCUGCCCAGUGAUAAAUUGCUCAAGGUUGUUGGGCUGUAGGAUUCAAGUGCGUCGACCUCCUGUCCCUCUCUGUGAUGUAAUGGAUUCAUCAUGGCUUGAUGAUUUAAAUGCUUUAAAAUGCUGACAAUAUCUCCAUCCGGCUACUUUGUAGCCGCGAGCCUUCGGACUACGUGGAGUGUGUUUGCCAGAAGUCGUGGCCUUAGUCUUGGUGCCGGUGGUUAUGUGUUGGGUUAAAUGCGGGGACGUCACAUGUUUGUCUCACCUCUCCGUGCCCCCAGGCCAGCUACGUGGAAUAUUCAUUUGCCCUUGGCUCACAUCGAUCCCCCGACCCAUGCUGAGAAAAACAGAUUACAUCAGUCAGAAUGUACCCCCCCUCCCCGGCAACCCCAUCUCCAUGUUCGAGGGUUUUGGGUCUGGAGAAUGGGAACGCAAGGCCCCCAGUGGUCAGUCGAAGAAUUGAAGUAGGCGUUUGCAGCAAACGGCAAUGCAUCCUGUUUAUCGUGUGGUCACUCGAACAGCGUCGCCUGCAGCUUAGCGCACCAACAAGGGAACCGUGACGCAGGGGGCACGCCUCCGUGUUCCUGACCAAGGACGCAUGGCGUAUGGAAGCUUCUCUGUGAUCAGCAGAACCUUCCGGUCAUCUUCACGUCUCUGCGGAUGGACAGACCACGCCGGCAAUGACAUAUCAGCGCUGUCCUCACACCCGGCACAGCGUCUGCGGAGCUGCUGCUCUUACUGACUGCAACAUUCCGGAAAGUUUUUCUUCCCAACAGCAGAACCCCAACAUGCUGAGAGAAGAACAGCAAAACUCUGCUACUCUCCUGUUAGAGUGAUCUCCUUGUUCAGACCUUCACACUUAUUAUUAUCAUUAUUAUUAUUAUUAUUAUUUAAUUGUACUUUUUGCAUGCUUUCCGAAAGUCAGAUGUUUCCAGCAAUGCAAAGCAAAGCACUUUAAAGUCAAUGUGUUCUUUAUUACUUGAAUAUAAGGUCUGUGUUAUUUAAUUUAUAAAUCAAACUUGUAUUGUAAAUGAAUGUUUUAAUAGCAAUCAGUGUACUCCGAAUGAGUUCGUAAAUGGUAUUUACAUGAUAUUAAUAUAUUACUCAUAAUAUUUAAUAAAA